AUGUCGGAGCGACAGGCGGAGACAAGCGAGGGGAGAGGAGCGAGGAGAGAAGAUGAGGAGGACCCCGGGCCUCGGCGGGUGACAGUGCCGGGUCCCCGCUCCACGCGGCCGGCGGCGCUCGGGGACCGGGUCUGCGGCGCGGGGGUCACGGCGGUGCCAGGGCUUUUUCUAGAGUGGGUGGGGAUGCUGAGUCACGGAUCUGUCACCGCUCCUCACCUCUCCCCAGCCCUCCGGUGGCUAAAGCAAAAGCGAAAGCGAAUGCGACUCGCGGGGCGGCCAGUGUCGGGAGCUGCGCCCGCCGCCUCCUCCGGGACCGUCGGGCAUCCGCAGGUCAGCGCCCUCCCCGCGCUGCUGCUGCUGCUGCUGCUCCGGCCGCCGGUGACUCCGGGCAUCACAUGCCCUACUCCCACGACUGUUGAACAUGCAGACAUCCGGGUCAAGAGUUACAACCUGAGCUCCAAGGAGCGGUACGUUUGUAACUCUGGUUUCAAGCGUAAAGCCGGGACGUCCAGCCUGACUGAGUGUGUGCUUAACACAACCACAAACCUUGCCCACUGGACAACUCCCAAUCUCAAGUGCAUCAGAGACCCCUCCCUGACUCACGAAAGGCCACCCUCCACACUAGCGCCGUCAGGGGUGACCUCAGAGCCACAGAGCCCCACCCCUUCUGGAAAAGAGCCAGCUUUCACUUCAAAGUCAGACACCACAGUGGCCACAAAGCCAGCUAUUAUACCAGGCUCCAGGCUGAUGCCAUCAAAACCUCCUUCUGCAGGAACCACAGGGGUAGUCAGUCAUGAGCCCUCCCAAGCCCCAUCUCAGACAACAGCCUUGGAACAUACUCCCUCCGUCGCCUCGCAAGAGACGCCAGGUGCAUAUCAAUACAAUUCCAGAGUUGUGACUGUGGCCGUCUCCAUACCUGUCACCCUGCUUUUUGGAGUAUGUGUCGUGCUUCUUCUGGUAUAUUACAAAGUAUUAAGAAGGCCACUUGCUCCCCUUUCAAAACCUGUGCAUUAUCUGCUUUACAGGCGUACUUCCCGGAGAGCCAAUGUUGAAAUGGAAAACAUGGAAGAUAUACCAAUGGCCGGGGGAACCAGCGGCAGAGAGGAGGACACAGAAAACUACCCACACGACCUAGGAAGCUCCGGGUGACAACUGAGGCCAGCAAAGGCUGGGGCGAAGGCACCAAGCCUGCUCUAGCCAGAGGACCUAGAAAGGACUCAAAGAGCUGGGCGCCAGGGAACAGACCACCAGGAUGAUUAAACGUCCUGGCAUCAUUUUAUCCACUGUGCCCAGCCUGGGCACCACCUGUAUGAGUCAGCUCUCCAGGCUCAGGAUGGAAGCUCGCUGCCUUCCCUGCCCUGCCUGCCACAGGUGCAGGGCCGAGUUCCCAAAGUCUCAG